AUGGUUAAAAAUACUGCUGAUCGGUCACGUUCAUCAAGCACGGUUAGAUCAAAUAGUACAAUACAUAGACCACAAACGCGUUCUCAAAGUCGUUCUCAUCAAUCCCCUAAUACUGUUUUACAACAUCAGACAUUAGCACAUAUACAGAGUAAUCCAUUGGCUCAGCCUAAUUUAUUGGUUCAAACAUCAACAAUAAGAGAUCCAACACCAGUAUCAAUAUCAAGGAAUAAUCCAUCGACACGUGCAAUAGUUGACCUAAGUAAACGUGAUAAUAACCUUUCGAAUGCUGAGAUGACAAAUGAUGGAAGUGAUGUUAGUAGUAACAAUCCGAUUCCAAUGCAAACACGACAAGCACGGCGAAAACCAACUCCUGUUUUAGAAUUCGCUAAACGAUUAGAUCAAACUGAAUUUUUAUGUUUAUUAUGUGACAAGACAUAUAAAGAUGGUGUUGGUUCAACCGCAAAUGUUCGAAAACAUUUAGGUAGUAAACACGGAAAAGUACAUUUAACUUAUAAAUCAACACUUCAAUCGUCGAAACGUGUUCGGGCAUUCAACAAGAGCGCCUUAGAUAAAGCUGCAAUAAAAUGCAUUAUUCGUGAUGAAUUUACAAUUAAAUCAGCAGUGCUCAGUUUUAGACGUUUUCUCGGGCAACAUUAUUCAAAACGAUUAAACUCACACUUAAAUCGUGUUAUUCAACAAUAUGAUUUACAAAAUAAAAUUAUAUCGAUAAAAACCGAUAAUGGAAGUAAUAUGAAAUUAGCUGCAAAGGACGUGUACUUGUCCAAACUACCACAAAACAAUAACAUUUGGGUUUCUUUUAGAAAUCAAAGCAAUGAAACAUCUGGUUGUGAAGAAGAUGAAACUAACACACAAGACCUCAAUUCAACUGAUGAAUCACAAAAUAGUUCGGAUAGCGAUGAAGGGGAUUAUUCCGAUACUGAUAAUGACGAACAACAAUCCGAUGAAGAUAAACAAAUUGAUAACCAUGAUAAACCAUGCAGAGCACCUGAAAGUGCUGAAUUAAUCGAGAAAUGCCGUAAAUAUAUCCGAAAGAUACGAAAAUCAUCGGUCUUAACAAAUGAAAUACGAAAACAAGUAAAUGAUAGACAAAAGAAGGUCGAACUGAUAUUAGAUGUAAAAUCUAGAUGGAAUUCUACAUUUAAAAUGUUACAACGUUUGCUAUUAUUCAAAGAAAUAAUCAACGGUUUUCAUGCGUAUUCACCAUUGUCAAUAAAGGUUGAGCAUUUAAAAAUACUGAAUAAAGAAUGGCGUGCAAUUGAAACGUUGAGUAACAUCUUAGAUCCCCUGCAGGAUGCAACUGAACUUCUGUCAGGGAGUACUUAUUCAACAUCAUCAAUCGUUUUAAAUAUUAUGAAAUCGAUACAAUUUCUGUUAGAGACGAAAUCAACAGAUUCAUCUGAAAACUAUAUUGCUGCGUUUCUUAACCUGGAGAGCCAUCUUGAAAUGUCAAUCCAAGAGAAGUCGUCAGCACAACAAUGCAUUAUCGAUCAUGUCUGGUCAUCACAGUCAUCUAUAAAAAUUGCACCACUACCAAUAUCAGAAAAAUCAACAUUAAAUCCUAUUACUAAAAUGCAAAUAUUGAUGAGAAAAUGUAGUAUGCCAGCAGCAACAACAUUACCCCUCCCAACGAUGGCAACAAAACGAUCAUCUACACAGGGAGCAGCAGUGACACAAGAAAUUCCAAUUUAUGUUGGAUUGUCAAAAGCUGAUUAUGAUCUAUCAACCUUUUGGUUAGAGCAUGAACAACGUUUACCAAUAUUAUCAUAUAUAGCCAAGAAAUUUCUUCAGAUUCCUAUGACAACUGUUCCAAGUGAAUCUGCAUUCUCUGUUGCUGCAUAUAUUACAAGGAAGAAUCGUUGUUCAUUAUCGCCAACAACAAUCAAAUAUUCAUUAUUUUUAAAAGACAAAAUUUAA